AUCAAAACUUUGUGGAAAUUCAAACUUGAAACUCAAACUAAAAACUCAAAGUAGCAAAAUAUCCACAGGAACAAUUUCUAAUAUUUUUUAGAGCUCCACACAAUGAAGUUUGGGAAAGAACUUGAGAGCCUCUUGACCACCGAAUGGCGUCAGCAGUACAUGAAUUAUGCGGAUCUCAAGGCAAAGAUCCUCCAUGCCAAGGAGAAUGCACCCGAUCCCAGGGCUGUCUCCAAUUUGGAGCUUGAAUAUUAUUACAGGGACUUUGAGACUCAAUUCUUUUCCGCCUGCCUGGAGGAGCUGAAUCGCGUGAAUGUGUUCUUCCAGGAAAAGUUAUCCGAGGCACGACGCAAGCUGGCCGCACUCAAGUAUCAGUUUUUGGUCUCGGAUCGUCAUCGUGAUCCCCUUGGACAUGCCACGAGUAAAAUGCACAUGGAGGAUGGAGAGCAUCGCAAGCCGCUGUCGCAGCGGAAACUUCGCUUGGCCAGCACCGAAUUCUACUUGAGUUUGAUCAUGCUGCAGAACUAUCAGACACUCAAUCACACGGCAUUCCGUAAGAUAUGCAAAAAGUAUGACAAGUACAUUAGGUCCAAUGGGGGCAUGGCCUGGUUUUAUGAAUACGUACUCCAUGCUGAGUUUGCCCAGCCCACGGAGCUGGUAGCAAUGCUGACAGCCGUGGAGGAUCUCUACACGGCAUAUCUGACAGAUGGCGAUAGAUCCAGGGCCAUGGCCAGGCUAAGGGUACCGCCGUUGGGCGAGAAGACUUCCCCGACGCGGGUUUUCUUUGCUGGUUUAUUUCUGGGUCUAUUUAUUGUGGGCUCUGUCCUGAGUGCGAUAUCAUGGUUCUCUUUGGACUUAAAGCCCGAAUUUAAAUUUAUGUUUGUUAAUCUGUGGCGUGGUCCUUUAAUGCUCAUUGCUUAUGGCAUUUAUUUGGCACUGAAUGUGGGCAUUUGGCAGAAAGUUGGCAUCAAUCAUGUGCUCAUCUUCGAGGUGGAACAUCGCACUCACAUGGGCUUCCUGGGUGCCCUGGAAAUAGCCAGUUUCUGUGGCUAUCUCUGCACCAUUAUCAUCCUGGGCUAUCUGUACAACGAUGAGUUUGGCCUCAAGGAGUAUUACAUUCUGCCCCUGAUACACAUGACGGUGCUGGCUGUACUGCUGCUUAAUCCCAUCAGAGUGUUGAAUUAUCCCUUUCGCAGUUGGUUGGUGAAACUCUUUGGCAGAGUUAUGGCUGCCCCAUUUUUCUAUGUGGGCUUUGCAGACUUUUGGAUGGGUGAUCAAAUGACCUCGAUGGUCCUGUGCUUUGUGGAUCAUUAUUAUUUGUUUCGUUUCUAUAUUCGUUACUACAACAAACAGGAGAAUGCCUUUGGCUUUGAGCCCGACUAUGGCGUGGCUCUGAUACGCUGCCUGCCCGCUUGGUUCCGUCUGGCCCAAUGCCUCAGACGCUAUAGGGACAGCGGCUCCAAGUCCAAGCAGUAUCUCAUGAAUGCCGGCAAGUACAGUCUAUCGAUUUUAGUGGUCAUCUUUUCCACCAUACAAAUGGAGACAAAUGCUAAAUAUCAUUACAUGUUUGAGAAUCCCUGGGCCUGGCUGUACCUUGUCACAGCGCUUUUAGCGAGUUUUUACUGUUUGUUUUGGGAUCUAUACAAGGACUUUGGUUUGUUUAAGAUUUGGGAAUGGGAAAAUCUAUUUUUGCGUGCGAAUUUAGUCUACCCAAAGUGGUUUUAUUAUUUUGCCAUACUGGAAAAUUCACUACUUCGUUUCGUUUGGAUUUUGGAAAUGAUUUUAAUUUAUUUUGAUGUGCUCACAAUUUACAAUUGCAAGUCUCUGAUCAUCUUUUGUGAAAUUACACGGCGCUUUGUGUGGAAUUUAUUGCGCUUGGAAAAUGAACAUUUAAAUAAUUGUGGCAAGUUCCGAGCCACACGUGACAUUUCUCUAACAGCCCUGAAUCCCACGGAGGAGAUGCUACUCGAACGAAUGAUGGACGAUCCGGAGCAUCGUCUGUCAAGCAGACUGUCAAGUCAGCCACAGAGCAAGGAUCAACAACGUUCGAAACUUAACAAAAAGUACUUUUGAAAGUGUGUCAUUCUUUGUGUUUUCUUGCAACUAAAUAAAAUCUGUGAAUAAAAA